ACCAAUACCCUUGCCCCCGGGCGCAUGACAUGUGCUCUACAUCGCAUACCCAAAUUAUCUAAGGGCAGAUUAGUCCUUUCCACUCGUAUAAUCUAAUCCUGACCUGGGUUUCGACACCGGAUUUCAUGGCCUUUAUAUAGAGGAAGCUGUGUUCCGGUGACCAGACAUCCUUGACACAGGAAACCCCAAGGACCAAGCUAGGGAGGAGAGGCAUAUAGCUUUGUCUCCCUCCUUCCCACCUGCACCAUCCUACCCCAAUUCUAUCUCAAUCCUAUGGGGAGGUCUCCUUGCUGCGAUGAGAAUGGCCUCAAGAAGGGGCCUUGGACACCCGAAGAGGACCAGAAGCUCACGGACUACAUCGAGAAGCAUGGCCAUGGGAGCUGGAGAGCGCUGCCUAAGCUUGCAGGGCUCAACAGGUGUGGCAAGAGCUGCAGACUGAGAUGGACCAACUACCUGAGGCCUGAUAUCAAGAGAGGGAAGUUCACACCUGAGGAAGAGCAGACCAUCCUCCAGCUCCAUUCCGUCCUUGGCAACAAGUACGGCACACCUAUCAAUCUGUUGUAUAAUCUUCAAAAACGUAUAUAUGUGGUACUCUUGCUAACACACAGAAACUGUUGUGCUGAUCAAACCAGGUGGUCAGCCAUCGCAAAGCACCUCCCUGGACGGACCGACAAUGAGAUCAAGAACUUCUGGAACACCCACCUGAAGAAGAAGCUGAUCCAGAUGGGCUUCGACCCGAUGACGCACCGACCGAGGACCGACUUCUUCGCCGCUCUGCCACAGCUCAUCGCGCUAGCCAACCUCCGCCAGCUCGUGGAGCAGCGCCCGUGGGAUGACCAAAGUGCCAACCAGCUGCAAGCCGAUGCAGUCCAGGCAGCAAAGCUCGAGUACUUACAGUGCCUGCUUCAGUCGGCAGCAACCAUUGCGACUAGUCCCAGCUCCAGCAGCAUCAACACCAUCCCCACUGACCUGGAGCAAAUCGGUCUCCUGAGCCCUUCGCAGAUGUCUUCCUUGUCUUCGCUGUCAUCUCCAAGGAUCCUGGAGGGUAUUAAUGGCCAAGACUUAGUAACUGGGCAAGUGUCUGACAUCCAGAUACCUAGUAGCUCAUUCUUCGAACACGAACAGCCUAUCAUCAAUGGUACCAACCAGAACUCAGAUUACAGUGCAAACAGCGGCGAGGGGGAGAAUAGCACCCAGAAACCGCUGCUCCUGUCAGAGGACUCCCUUCCGCCACUUGCCGACUUCUCUAUUUCCAACCUCGGCGAUGCUUGCAGCACCUCAAGCUGUCACGCUGAGGGCAACAGCACCCAACUCCCUAUUUGGUCCGACUCAUUUUAUGAUGAGUUCAUGAGCGAGUUUGCAUGAGUUCUGACUGCAAGUGUGUGCUACCCUUUGGUUUGCCUUUUCAAUUUUAGUUUCUCACAUCUUACCUCUUAUUUGUGAUGUGAUUUCCAUUGUAGUGCUGUAGCUCCAGUUGGACUUUUUAGCGCUAUAGCUUUCCGCGUGCAUUGGCAACCCAUAUGCUCCCAUGCAUAUACAGUAUACGCCAAAACACUUGUACAUAUACAUCUGCUCCUAUAUAAAUUUUCCAGCUUGAA